GGUGGAGCAGAUAAAAAUAUCUGUGGAAAGAGAAGUAAAGGAAAAUGAGAAAAACUUCAUUGAUCUGAUCCAUUGCAUUGAAGAAGCUCAGAAGAACUUGUUUGAGAGGAUGAAAGAACAAGAGAAGAAAGAAAUAGAGAAGGCUGAAGGAGUCAUGGAACAACUAGAGAAGGAGAUUGAGGAGCUGAAGAAGAGAGACACUGAGCUGAAGGAGCUUUAUGACAACAAGGAUCACAUCCACUUCAUGCAGACUUUCUUAUCUCGCUGUGUCCUUCCUGCUGAUGGAGACUCGCUCAGCUUCACUGUCACUGCUGAUUUUUCUUCUGAGGACCUGAGAAAUGAGCUGUCAUGUCUGAAAAAGAGUUUGGAGAAGAUCAGCCAGUGGGACAUCAAGACAUCGACUUCGUCAGAUCUCCAUGAGACACACAGACAGGCUGUGUCUGAAUCCACAAGGACUGUGGAGGCUCAUGCUUCUCCUGGAGAUCCACACACCACAGCUGUGGGCUUUGAGACUCUAUACACAGAGUUGGUGGCCAUUGAACAGGACCCUAGAAACCAUAAGGAGACUGAACAUGAACUUAUGAAAACUGGGAGGAUCCAUGAAGAGCUCAUGAAGAAAGGUGCAGCAGAGAAAUGUGAGCGAAUCUGGAUUGAGCAGCUGUUUAAGAAAAGUCCUGUAAGUGUAAAUCCAGUUAACAUCAUAGUGGUCAGUGGGAUGGCCGGAAUAGGGAAGACCACCAUGGUUCAGAAGAUCAUGUAUGACUGGGCCAGAGGCACUCAGUACCAGAGGUUUGCAUUUGUGUUCCUGUUUAAAUUCAGAGAGCUUAACCUCCUAGACAAUGAGAAUGAGCCACAAAUGUCACUGACCAAACUGAUUGAAAGGCACUAUAAAUAUCUCAGUGAUGAUCCACUGAAAGACGUUCUGAAGAAUCCUGAAACUCUCCUGUUUAUAUUCGAUGGGCUGGAUGAGUACAAACACAAACUGGACUUCACCCAGAGACAGCUCUGCUCAAACCCACAUUUUGCGGUGCCUGUCCACAUCCUGGUCACCAGUCUGAUCAGUCGGACAUUACUGAAGGGCUGUUCAGUCCUGAUAACAAGCAGACCAACAGCCCUGGAAGCCAUGGACAUGGAAAGAGUCAAUCAGUUUGUAGAGAUCCUGGGGUUCUUCCUUGAUCAAAGGCUGAUGUACUGUAAGAAUUUCUUUGGUGUCACUGCUCUGGCUGCUGAGGCUUUUCAGUAUGUGAAGAAGAACACCAUCCUGUACUCAAUGUGCUUCAUCCCCUCGUACUGCUGGAUGAUCUGCUCUGUGUUGAAGAGACACUUCAUGACACCUGAAAAAAACAAAAGUGAAGCUCUGCAAGUAGGUCACUGGCUCUGUGAGGCUCAGAAUAAGGAGUUAAUUAGAGACACCAUUGGACAGGAUUUAAAGAUGAACUUUAGAAGCACGACUUUAUCUGCUGUGGACUGUGCUGUGCUGGCCGCUGUCAUCAGCUGCUGUGGAGAACUUAAAGAACUUAACCUGACAAACACACCUCUGACCCCCGAGUGCAUCAAGAGACUGGAGCCGGGGCUCAACUGCUGCAGUAAAGUCUGGUGAGUGAU